CUCUGUAAAUCACCGACGAGCAGAGACAUACGGAGACAGCCAAGCGUCUGGUUGAUCUCCCUGUCGUUAUUUUUCCGGAACAAAAACGUAUCCGGUUUUAUGCAUAUUUCAAAUGUAGAAUAUCCGAUUUUUGUUGGUACAACAUGCCUGCAAAAUCGAAAUCAAAUCGUGUCGAGUUUCACGAAUGUGUUAAGUGUCAUUGUAUUGUUCAUAGUAAAGAUUUAAGUACACACGUUAGCGAAUGUUCUGGUGUUGAAAAUCACACACUAUCGCAUGCAUAUGUUAAGGAUGCAGUGUUUCAUGGUGUUGUUUCUGUCGCCACAGUAGAACCAUCGGUUCCGAAAGCCACCAAAAAGGAUGUGGUCCUUGUCCAUCCCUCUGUGAUGAGUUUAUGUGGACUCUCCAUUGGUCAAGAAUGUAUCAUUCAGGAGACACAUGUCGGAAUUGCUUGGCCUUCGCCCAGUUCUCCCUCUUCACAAGUCGCUUUGACACAAGACUUGAUGACUUUACUCCUCCUUGGUUCAGGGGAUCAUGUGACUGUACAAUCCCUUACACAGUGUCCUGUCCGGGCAGCAGAGGCAAGGCUCAAACCAAAAGAUUGGAAACAAUUCUAUGAAGAAGAAGAUUUUAUCAAUUACCUUCAAAAAUCUCUUUAUUGUAAGUGCUUGAGACUGGAAAGUGAGGUAUGUUUGACCUACUUUGGGCAGAUAUGUCAAAUGAAGGUCAUCCAGCUAACAGUGCAGACAGAGGAUGCUGUUCUUUGUGAUCUAAGUACAGACAAUAUCACUAGCCUGACCCAGGGGGUGGACCAACUAAACCUGUCAGAUAUGAAUGAAUCCUCUGUUUCAAAUGAACUUGACAGUCGAGACUUUUGUGAACAUUUGAGCUCAACCCCAAACAGAGAGAGGCUAAAAUCUCCCAAAGAGACUCCAGGAAAGGAAUCCAGUUCCGUAGCAACAAUAACCUCCCCCCAAAGGGGCGACGAUCUGUUAAACAGUUCACUGUUCCAAACACCUGUCAAGCAGCGACCAUGCCAAAACACUUGGGAUUUUUACAGAAUUUGUUCUACAACCAAGUGCUUUGUGGUGAGGGAGACAGAGGAGGCAGCUAAAGAACAGAGGAAAUCUGGAGUGACCUUCCAGGACAUCGGGGGGAUGUCAGCACAGAUAGCUGCCAUCAGAGAGACUGUGAUGCUUCCUCUAAAGUCUCCCCAUCUCUUCAGUUCUUCUGGUCUCCCGUUUCCGCGUGGCAUUCUCUUGUUUGGCCCAAGUGGGACAGGAAAAUCCAUGCUUAUUCAGGCGAUGUGCAAUGAAAUGAACAUACACACUGCGACUGUGUCUACCACGAACAUCAUCAGCAAGUUUUAUGGAGAGUCUGAAGCAAGGUUAAGAAACAUAUUCAAAGAAGCAGAAGAAAGAGCUCCAAGCAUUAUUGUCAUGGAUGACAUCGACUCCAUGUUUGCAAAUCGUGACAAAACUCAAAACGAGGCUUUACGUCGCCUUGUUUCUACUCUGUUGACCUUGAUGGAUGGAAUAGUUUCAAAAUCGAGCCCUGAUAAAUUUGUGAUGGUUCUGGCUGCAACAGUUCGACCAGAAUCUCUGGACCCUGCACUGCGUCGCCCUGGGCGAUUAGACCGCGAGGUGGAAGUUGGAGUUCCUACAGCCAAAGAGAGGCUAGAAAUUUUAGAGAAAUUAUUAAGUAAUAUACCGAACAGUUUGGGAGAAGAUGAUAGAAAGCAAAUUGCGGACACAACACAUGGAUAUGUUGGAGCAGAUAUUUUGUGUCUAUGCCAACAAGCCAAUAUUAAUGCUAUAAAAAGAGAAAUUGAAGAUGUUGGAAAAGGCACCAAAAUUAAACUUUGUGAUGUUACUGCUGCCAUGACUACCAUUCAGCCCAGUGCUAUGAGAGAAAUACAGCUAGAAAUUCCAAAGGUUCACUGGUCAGACAUUGGAGGUCAGGAGGAGGUCAAACUGAAAUUAAAACAGGCCGUUGAAUGGCCCCUCAGACACCCAGAGGCCUUCAGCAGGAUGGGAAUCACCCCACCUCGGGGAAUUCUCAUGUAUGGCCCUCCAGGUUGCUCCAAGACUAUGAUUGCCAAGGCUCUUGCCACUGAGAGUGGUUUGAAUUUCCUGGCAGUAAAGGGCCCUGAGCUGUUUAGUAAAUGGGUUGGUGAAUCUGAGAGAGCUGUGAGGGAGGUAUUUAGAAAAGCCAGAGCAGCAGCGCCAUCUAUUGUCUUUUUUGAUGAAAUUGAUGCUUUGGCAAUAGAAAGGGGCAGUUCUUCGGGGAGUAGCAGUGUCGGGGACAGAGUGCUGGCCCAGCUUCUGACAGAAAUAGACGGGGUGCAGAGCCUGAGGGAUGUCACAGUAGUGGCUGCCACUAAUCGACCGGAUAUGAUUGACAAGGCUCUCAUGCGCCCUGGGCGAUUGGACCGGAUUCUCUACGUCCCUCUCCCAGAUCUGCCCACAAGGCGACAGAUCUUCACAAUUCAUCUGAACAGGAUGCCCACAGGAAGUACAGUGGAUGUUGACAAACUAGUGACAGCCACAGGCAAAUACUCGGGAGCUGAGGUUUCUGCUGUUUGCCACGAGGCAGCCAUGUUUGCUCUUCAGGAGGAUAUCCUCAGUAAGAGAGUGGAGCAGAGACAUUUUGAUAAAGCUUUGACAGUUGUCUCCCCUCGUAUCAGUGAUCAGCUGAUCCAGUUCUAUCAGAAUUACCACCUAACCAGUGGUCUACAGACAGUCUGAAAACCACGCCAGACUCAGUUACAAAGUAUACAUACAAAAUAUUCACAAAAAUCAUCCAACCAGUGGUCUAAAGUCUGAGAAAAUCAAACCAGACUUUAUGAUAAAGGAUCCACCAGACUACAAAGUAUACACAUGGAGUCACCUAACCAGUGGUCUACAGUGUGAAAUCAUGCUUGACACCUUAAUGAAGCCUUUAACAAAAGUAUCCCACAAAAUCCCAUUGCAAGUAGUCCACAGACAGUAUGAAUAUCAGGUAAUUAUUGUUACACAUACAACCCUUCAGUGAAAGAUGAAAAAGUAACAAUGAUAUUGUAUAACAUUGUAUAAUUACUGAAUACCAUUCCAUCACCUCCUUUGACCAUAUACAGUGGUGUUCAGGUCAGGUGAUGAGAACAGAUACCAACUGACCACCGUGUAAUAGACUGAAGUCAUCAGUUGUUGGACCCUGUACGCACUGUGAAUGAGGUCUGUUCACACACAGCACAGGAAACUGAUGUCUAAACAUGAUAUUGUAUUCGGAGUGGAAAUGGAAACAAAUACUUACUCUAAUUAUUACAUACACACUUUUGUUUUAUUAAAACAUCAGUCUGUAUGUCUUUGAGGAAUAAAAACAUCAUCAAAUCCUUUUAAA